AACCCAUCUGACCUCUUUUGAACAGUUCACAACCUCACAUAAAUUUCGACAACGUUAUUGGACUCGAUCGUUUCUUGGAUAUCCCACAAUCCUAAAAGCCAAACCGAAUUCAUCACACAUAGCCAUAUCGACGUUAGAAUCCGAUGGCUAUGUUGAUCAACUAAUCACACAGAACGUUGAUGGAUUGCACCAAUUGGCCGGGUCCUCAAAUAUACUCGAGUUACAUGGUACCCUGCACGAGAUCCAAUGUUUAAGUUGUGGUCAUACUCAACUUAGAUCCGAGUUUCAGAGAAUAUUGAGCGAAUUGAAUCCCGAGUGGAAGAAAUUUCUGGAUCAGAUUGAGUUGGAAAAUGACAUCGAGUCAAAGGUAAACUCCGAUGGAGAUUAUGAAUUAGAUGGUGGUGAAAGGGGAUCAUCCAGGGCGAGGUCGGACGUGGUGAACUUAUCGCCCCGAGUGAAUCCCGACGGGGACAUUGAUCUACCCGUUAAUGAUUCAUACUCUACAUUCCAAUACCCCUCAUGCACUCAAUGUAUCAGUGGAAUUUACAAGCCAUCGGUAGUGUUCUUCGGUGAAAACAUCGAACCAAUGGUCAAACAUAAAUCAUUCGAGAUGGUGGCAAAUUGUGAAUCCCUGAUAAUCGUUGGGUCAACUCUCACCACUCACUCAGCAUAUCGAUUGGUCAAAUCAGCCAAGGAGUUGCGUAAGAAGGUGGUGAUACUGAACCUUGGUGACACAAGAGGUGAUUCUCUGGCAGAUGUGAAAAUUGACUUGAGGUGCGGCGACGUAUUAACAGGUGUUAUUAAAAGAUUGAACGAUAAUAUUAACAAUGAUGGGUGUUAA